AUGGACAUCGCCCAAGGCUUUCAGUCACACCCCUCAGCAAUAAAAUGCAUUGAUAUGCACACGGUUGGGGAGCCCACACGGAUCAUCUACUCGGGCUUCCCCGCUCUCCCAGGCCCAACUCUGCUGGAUAAGCGCGACCAAGCCCAGAAAUACCACGAUGGCAUCCGCAAACGCCUGAUGCUAGAGCCCCGUGGGCAUAACGAUAUGUACGGUGCCAUUUUGAUCAGCGAGACAGAACUCGUGCAAAGCGGCGAGGCUCACAUCGGCGUUCUUUUCACUCAUGCCGGAGGCUUCUCAACCAUGUGUGGGCAUGCGACAAUUGCGCUGGGAAGGUUCCUUGUUGAUACGCGAGACUUGAAUGUUUUCCCGAAGAGAAAUGAGUUGGUUGUGGGCACUGCUGAAGACGGGAGAAAGGAAGUAGAGGUUCGGCUACAUGCACCGUGUGGAGUUGUAAAGGCGCGUGUCCCCGUAAUCGAUACUCCAGACGGUGGGGUAAAGUCUGAUCCAACGCGAAAUGUUUCAUUUCUUUCGACGCCUGCGUAUGUUGCUGGUCUCGAAAUUGAGGUGGAAAUCCCAGAAAACAUUCGCUGGGCGGAAUUGGGAGCCAAAAAGAGUAUAAAAGUUGACAUUAGUUACGGAGGCGCCUUCUACGCACUCGUAAAGGCGAAAGACCUAGGGUUCGAGAAAGGACUGGCUGGAGAUGAUACGCAGAUGAAGGCGAUGGCCAGUGCAGCGCGCACCCUGAAAGAAUUUCUCUCUACCUGCCCACCGGUGGUCCAAGCUCUGCGGCGUGCAGAGGACGAGAGACUCUCCUUUUUGUAUAGUGUCAUGGUGGUUGAUGCGGAGCUGGGACAUUGUCCUAGCAAUGUUGAGGGCACAGAAACGGGGGUCUGCUUCUUUGGUGCCAGAAACCAGGUUGAUCGAUCGCCUACAGGAUCUUGCGUAACGGCCCGCAUGGCGUUGGCUCACGCAAAGGAACUGAGAAGCAUAGGGCAGCGGUGGGCCUAUAAUUCUAUCGUGUCGAAUCAUUUCGAGACUGGUGCCUUUGUAGCGACUAUUGUCGAGGAGAACGUCCGCGUGAAGGGGUACGAAGCAGAAACAUGGCCUGCAGUCGUGGUUCGUGUUGAGGGCGAUGCCUUUUACGUUGGGGCGAUGACGUUCGUCCAAGAACCGGGCGAUAUCACAAGCGAGGCUGGAUUUACUCUGGAUAUCUGA